AUGGGGGAGGUUAGCCAAGAGGCCGCGGAGAGAUACCUGGAGGACAACCCUCGGUUUGCCAAGGACCGCUUCGCCACGAAGCUGCGGGCGGCGGCGCCGGGGGAAGCCUCCCAGCCCAGGGGGCUGCGGGGUCCGGCCAGCGGACCCUUCCCGAGGCUGGCCCCGUGCCUGGGGCUGCUCCAGGCCCUGCGGGAGGAGGCGGGCAGCGCGGACGCGGCGGCGCACAGGGCCCUGCAGCGGCUGGCGCGGCUGCUGCGGGCCGAGCGCUGCAGCCUGUUCCUGGGCCGCCCCCGCAACGGCGCGCCCGAGGUGGCCUCCAGGCUGCUCGGCGUCACCCCGACCUCCAAGUUUGAAGACAGCCUGGGAGUCCCUGACAGAGAAGUUGUGUUUCCAUUGGACAUCGCGAGAGUAGGCUGGGUUGCUCACACAAAGAAAGCCCUUAAGGUCCCCGAUGUGAAGAAGGGAGGUGGGACUGGGACCAACAGUCACUUUUCCGACUUCAUGGACACACACCCCGGGUGUGUCACUAGGAACCUGCUGGCAGCGCCACUCGUGAUGGGCAAGGAGGUUCUGGCUGUGGUUAUGGCAGUUAACAAAGUAGAUGCAUCUGAAUUUUCCAAACAGGACUAAGAAGUCUUUUCCCAAUACCUCGCCUUUGUUUUUGUCAUCCUAAAGCUUCAUCAUACCAACUACCUGUACAGCGUUGAAUCCCGAAGAAGCCAGAUCCUUAUGUGGUCAGCCAAUAAAGUAUUUGAAGAGCUCACAGAUGAGCGACAGUUUCACAAAGUGCUCUACACAGUCUGAACGUACCUGAACUGUGAGGGCUACUCCACUGGGCUGCUGGACAUGGCCAAGGAGAAGGAAAUCUAUGACGAAUGGCCAAUCAAGGUUGGAGAAGUUGAGCCUUAUAAAGGUCCAAAGACACCGGAUGGCAGAAUGAGUGAAAUCAUCUUUUAUAAAGUCAUUGAUUACAUUUUACAUGGAAAAGAAGAGAUCAAAGUGAUUCUGACACCUCCCGCAGAUCACUGGACUCUCGUUAGCGGGCUGCCAACGUAUGUUGCUGAAAAUGGAUUUAUAUGUAACAUGCUGAAUGCCCCUGAAGAUGAAUACUUCACAUUUCAGAAAGGACCAGUAGAUGAAACUGCCUGGGUCAUUAAAAACAUCUUGUCCCUGCCUAUCAUCAACAAGAAAGACAACAUUGUGGGAGUAGCUACAUUUUACAACAGGAAGGAUGGGAAACCUUGUGAUGAGUAUGAUGAACACAUUACUGAGAGUCUCACACAAUUUCUUGGAUGGUCUCUUUUAAAUACUGAUACUUAUGAGAAAAUUAGUAAGCUAGAAAAGAGAAAGGACAUUGCUCAGGAAAUGCUCAUGGGCCAGACCAAAGCUACUCCUGAUGAAAUCAACUCUAUUUUGAUAAGUAGGAGAUUUGGUCCUAAAUUUCAAGAGAAGUUAAAUAUAGAUGUAAUUGAAGACUGUGAAGAAAAACAACUUGUGACAAUUUUGAAAGAGGACUUACCAGACCCAAAGGCAUUAGACCUGUAUGAAUUUCACCUCAGUGACUUCCCCAUUACAGAGCAUGGACUGAUUAAGUGCGGACUAUGACUGUUUUUUGAAAUACAUGUGGUGGAGAAAUUCAAAGUACCUGUAGAGGUUCUUACCAGAUGGCUGUACACCGUGAGAAAAGAGUACCGUUCCGUCACUUACCACAGCUGGCGGCACGGGUUCAAUGUGGGGCAGACCAUGUUCACUUCGCUGAUGACAGGAAAGCUAAAGAAAUACUGUACAGAUCUUGAAGACUUUGCCACGCUCGCUGCUGCUUUCUGCCAUGACAUUGACCACAGAGGCACCAAUAACCUGUAUCAGAUGAAAUCCACAUCUCCAUUAGCAAAGCUUCACGGAUCUUAUCUUGAGAGGCACCACCUGGAGUACAGUAAGACUCUACUGAAGGAUGAGAGUUUAAACAUCUUCCAGAACCUAAAUAAAUGUCAGUUUGAAACAGUUAUUCAUUUGUUUGAAGUUGCAAUAAUAGCAACUGACCUGGCUUUAUACUUCAAGAAGAGAACCAUGUUUCAAAAAAUUGUUGAUGCUUGUGAAAAAAUGGAAACUGAAGAAGAGGCCAUCAAAUAGGUGACCAGUGAUCCAACCAAAAAAGACAUUAUCAUGGCAAUGAUGAUGACUGCAUGUGACCUAUCAGCUGUAACCAAACCCUGGGAAGUACCAAGUCAGGUAGCACUUCUUGUUGCAAGUGAAUUUUAGGAACAAGAUCUGGAGAGAACGGUGCUGCAGCAACAACCUAUUCCUAUGAUGGACAGAAACAAAAAAGAUGAACUACCUAAACUUCAAGUUGGAUUUAUUGAUUUUGUUUGCACUUUUGUAUAUAAGGAGUUCUCACGGUUUCACGAAGAAGUCACACCUAUGAGUGGCCUUCAAAGUAACAGAAUGGAAGGGAAAUCCCUAGCUGAUGAAUAUGAUGCAAAGAUGAAGGUAACUGAAGAGGAUGUGAAAAAAGCAGGAAGAGGGAAAUCUGCAGAAGAUACAGGAAGUGGUGUUGAUGACAAAAAGUCCAAAACAUGUCUAAUGUUAUGA